AUUGUAGUUAUUUAUUAAGUCGUAUGACAUCGUGACGAGGCGUUAGAGUGCUGGUUUCCUUAGUAACAGGGAAGGGCGCUCUCCCGCCGCACGCGCAGCUUAACGCUCCAGGAGGCUUAUUGGUUUUCCUUGAGAGAUGGUUGGACCACUGGAUACAGCCAAGUCUUCUCUGAAAGGCAAAGCAGACAGAUUUAUGUUUAAUUCCUCUCUCAAUCUGCACUGCAGCAGCUACCAACAUGACUAUGGUAAAGAAGGCUUCAGUUCAUGCUUAGGUCAUCACUAUGGGACAGGCUACUCUGCCAAUCUGAAGCCUGCUGUCUACUACAGCCCCAGCCUUGAUUUGCUUGACAACCCUAACCUCGGUGUUUCUCUCUUGGACAGUUUUCAGUCCCAGACUAAGCACCAUUACCAGCCACUGACUGUACCCAGUGGAGCUGAGGCUGUGCCCCGCACAAGAAUCAAGAGCAGAGAAAGUGGAUACCUUCAACUUUACACAUACCCCAGACCUAAAUUAGUAUCAUCGCAGACAGAGUAUAAAUGCAGUUAUAUUCCUCAGAGGCCCACACUCUCAGUGUACCGUAAACAUCAGAUCCUAAGCAAUAACAAGGAGAGUGGAUUUACCGAUGGCAAGAACCUGCAGCACAAUAUACUUGUACCCCAAGACACCACCAGCAUCCACAAUUCAGGAGAAACUAACACAAAGAGCAGCGUAAUGAAGAUGGACUUCGGCCCUUUGGUUUGCCUUCAGGGCAAUGAAGUGUUACCCAAAUUGGUCACUCAUGCUUCUCGAGAGACUGCAUUCACCAGAGACACUAAAGAACUGUCAUCAUUCCCAGAUUCUCAACCCUGUGUGUGUCCUCAUGGCCCCAGAAAGAAGAGCCUGCUGUUUUCUGAGAGAACUAUUGGACGGAAGGAAGGUUCAGGCUUCGUCCUCAACACUCCCAUCCUCAAGACCCUGCCAGACACACCGUAUGACCCACUGCAGUUCCUCUCACAUUAUCACACCAAGUUUUGUAACAAGGCAGGUUUUGGUACGCUUCAGGCAGGCUGGAGUAGAGGAGGGGUUCAGUCAUACAGAGAGAGUGGAUACAGCGGGAGAGACACUGACAGGUUUAAUCUUUGAGGAUAUCAUUCAUCCAAAUAAAUGGACAUCUACUGAGUCAAGUGUAAUAUCUCAUGUUCAUGUUUCUCUUCAUCAUUAUGGUUACCUCACUAUCUUAUAGAGUGUUUUAAUGAGGUCUUAAUGAGGACCUAGUGUAUAUGUGACAGUUGAGGUAUUAAUCAGCUGUUUUCAUAAUUAUGUCACUGUGCGUGUGUGUGUGUGUGUAAGAGAGAGAGAUUAUUGUUGUUUUGGAUUUUAGCAACACAAAUCAUUAGCCUCAGAAAAUUCUUAAUUUUAAAGUUAACAUUUGUCUGUUUCAUAGUGGAAGGUAAUAAACACGUUCCAUACCCUUGAACGUAAAAGUCACAAAUGGCUUCUUAGCUGUGAUUUGAGUUCAAUCGUUGACGUAUUUCCUCUUAAACAGGAAGUCAGAGAGACAUCAGACUGACUGACUUGCGCAUGUAGCCGAUAGCGUUCAAGAUACACAAUACAGCUGACAAAUCCAAACAUAUUUAGUGACCUAGCGAAAUAUGGAGAACAGCAAAGAGUUAACAAGAUACUGUACUUUCUCUAACUGAUGGAGAAGCCUCUGAAGCAUAGAAACAUGGAAUCUUGUUCAUCAAGCUCUAAUGAAGCAAAAUAUGCCAGCAUUGAAUAGCCCCAAGCUGGUAAAACAUCUCUGAAACUUGUGCUGCGACCUUACACAAAUUCCACACUCCUCAAAAACAAAUAAACUCGAACGUUUUUUUUUAACCAGAGGAAAUAGUGUGGGAAGAGUGUGCGGGAGGGCACACAGCCAAAAGAGCAACCAGCCAUGUUUACUGACCAAAAACUACCCCUGGAGUGGAACAUAUAUGGUCCUAGGGAGCAUCUAAUUAUACAAACAUGAAGAUUUACACAAAUAUGAUUGAUUUAUUAAAAUUUAUUGUUUUUCCAGAAAAGGUGAACUAAAAACAAGAAUAUCUCCAAAAUAUAAUAAGACUUGAUGCACCCAUUUUAGUUUCAAAUGCUUUUUAAUGAGAAGGCUAAGAUUUCGGCCUAGAGGUUUCAGCCUCUACUUCCUCCUCUUAUUAAUUCAUCUUCCUCCUCUGUCUUGACAGUAUUAUAAUAGUAGCAAAAAAAAAGUGAAGGUGUAAGUGGUGUACAUGUGAAUCUCUUGCUCAUUUGCUGUCAUGUUUAGAAUGGUAUGUAGCAGACCCAAAGAGAAUGAAGGUACUAUAAACUAGAGACUAGUGUUCUUCAUGAUUAAGCACAGAGGCUGAGUGCACAGUGCAAACCUGCUUUAUGUCAGAGUCUACAACAACGCCACAACCCCACAUCCAAACCAGUCCAACACUAUGCCAAAAUCUGUCAGUGGAAAAAAAAAGAUGUGGACAUAAUCAUUCCAUACUUUGCAUAUUUCAUUUAUUAUGAUAGCAGUAUGUAUUAUAGAAUAUUGCAACUAUACAGCACACACAAGUGCUCCAUAAAAGUUAGCCAAUAAAAACAUUUGUUUUUGUAUGAUAAACUCUCUUGUCUUGCACAGCUCCAUGCUUUGUACUUCCAUUCGUCAUCUCCAGAGCUACACUAUAAGGUCCAAGGUUUGUGGAAACCUGACCAUCACAACCAUAUGUGGUUCUUCCCUGGAUGUUGGAAGCACACUUGUAUAGAAGAUCUAUAUAUGCUAUAUAGAUUAUACUGUAUAUGUAUAUAUACUGUAGCUUAACAAUUUCUCUUCACUGGAACUAUGAGGCCCAGACCCUGUUCCUGCUUGACAGUGACCCUGUGCACAAACUGGAGUGAAACUACACAACCACUGGACACCUUCUGGCCUAAAUUUGAACACUGACUGCCUGACCUCCUACUGAACGCCCAGACCGCCUCACCUGAUACAAGUGUCUAAUCUCACAAAUGCUCUUGUAACUGAAUGAACACAAAUCCACACAGCCACAAUCCAACAUCUAGUGGAAAACGUUUCCAGAUGUGCAGAGACUCUUAUAGCAGCAAAGGUGGGGUUCAACUUCAUAUUAAUGCUUGUGGUGUUGGAAUCACUUUUGACCAUAUAGUGUAUAUAACAUCAGUGAAGACUAGAUGGCUGUCUGCAAUCAGAGAAUUUUACGUCACUGAAAAUGUUAACAUUUUGGAUCUAAUCAGAUACACAGCAUCUUCACAUGCUUGCUACGGAGUCCCCAUCCUACCUGAAGAUCAUCAACAAAGACACAGUGGCAGUUUUUUCUUUCGAACUGGAGUGAGAGGAAAACUUGCAAGUCCAAAUACCUCAGGAUUCAGUAAUGAUGACUCAGAAAGUCAGAGUGAUUUAACAGAUGGUUUCGCUAUAAUUUCAAAAAACAGAGAAAGAGAGAUUGAAAGUCAAGCAUUCAGGAAUAGUGCAUGAUAAAGCAUUUCACUAUGAUUAACCACCAUGAACCACAAGCCAUUUCAGCUCAAAGACUUAAAAAAUUAUAAUAAGGAAUAAGUUCAACAUGUGUACGUUGCCAGAACAGUUGCUGUACUUGGCUCCUGUGUAUUUAAGGAAUGUUAAAAAAAAAAAGAAUGAAAAGGUUACAAAAUUAGCAAUACAUUUCUCCCUU